AUGAAGACGACGACGCGGCUUCUCGAUCUAACGGCGGCCAUGGCUCUUCUCCUCUGCGUGGCCUUAUUAGCUCCGUCGCUCGUUUCCGGUGACCCUGAGCGGCGCAUCAACAUGACACUGGUUCGAGGCGCCGCUGCUCUUGGUGCUUUUUGCUUGGAUGGUAGCUUACCGGCGUAUAAUUUAGACAGAGGCUUCGGUGCUGGAGCAAACAAUUGGCUUUUGCAGUUUGAGGGAGGAGGAUGGUGCAAUGAUAUAGCAUCAUGCGUGGAUAGAUCAAAGACUUUUCGAGGCUCGACACGAUUUAUGAGCAAAACUAUCGUCUUCUCUGGAAUCUUGAGCAAUAACGCCUCUUUGAAUCCAGAUUUCUACAACUGGAACAGAGUUAGGCUGAGGUAUUGCGACGGAGGUUCAUUCGCAGGAGAUACGCAAGUUGGCAACGGGACGUCACUGCUUUAUUUCAGAGGACAACGAAUAUGGAAUGCCAUCAUUCGUGACCUUCUUCCCAAAGGUUUAGCAAAAGCCCGCAAGGCUCUUCUAACCGGUUGUUCAGCUGGUGGUUUGUCUACAUUUCUACAUUGUGACAACUUCACGAGCUAUUUGCCAAAAACCGCAAGCGUUAAGUGCAUGAGCGAUGCUGGAUUCUUUCUUGACGCAAUCGACGUAGCAUCAAACCGGACAAUGAGAUCUUUUUACUCACAACUUGUGUCUCUACAGGAUAUACAAAAAAACCUCGAUCCAAAGUGUACACACGCAUUCUUUCCGGAGCCAUCUUUGUGUUUCUUCCCGCAAUACGUAUUGCGAUUUAUUAAAACGCCAUUUUUCAUCUUAAAUUCAGCCUACGAUGUAUUCCAGUUCCAUCAUGGGCUGGUUCCACCUUCUGCUGAUCGAACCGGGCAUUGGAUUCGUUGUAAGCUUAAUGUGACGGCAUGUAAUCCACAUCAACUCGAUGCACUCCAAGGGUUUAGGAAAGAUAUGUUGGGAGCUUUAAUGAAUUUCUUCAGAAAUUUUACGAGAGGAGGAAUGUUUAUAAACUCAUGCUUCGAUCAUUGUCAGAGUGCUUCACAGAAUACUUGGCUCUCUCCAACUUCACCGAGAAUCAACAAUAAGACAAUUGCUGCGACGGUCGGAGAUUGGUAUUUCGGGAGAGGAAUAGCUAAAGAAAUCGAUGGCCCAUAUCCAUGUGAUAAAACGUGUCAUAAUCUCAUUCCAGCUUCUACUACAGAUUCUUUGGCUUCUAAGGCUCCAGGCAAUAACUCUAGCGGUACCUUGAGUCGAAGCCAAGCUGAUCUAAAUGAUCUUUUAUCGUGA